CGAAGCCCUCUUGGCUCUGAGAAUUUCCUCUCCGCUAUUCUCCGCCCUCUGGGGCUUUAAAACCCUACACCAAGAAAGGUAAAUGGCCCACGAAAUCCUCCACCAAACCCUAGAAAUCUCCGAAGAUCGGGCCUCCGGCGAGCGAUCGGCGGCGGAUUCCGGCGAUCCUGCCCUCUCGCGGACCGCCUCCUCCAGCCGCCUCAACGCCAAGGCGCCCGAGUUUGUCCCCCGGUCGGCGGCCGCGGAUCGGAUCGAUGCCCGCAAGCCGCGGGUGGUGCCGAUCCACCACGGCCCGACGCCGGUGAUGCAGGUCUACCACCCAGCGCCGCCGAGCCCGACGUUUUUUGCUCCGGUGCCGGGCUCGUUCGAGUACUAUGGUGGUGGAGGGGGUGCGGGGUUUGGGGAGCAGGAGACGGUUCCGGGUCCGGCCGAUCUGGAUCCUGCUCCGCCGGCAAGGGAGGGACUCUCGGAAGAAGUUAUUCAGAAGAUUACGAAGCAGGUGGAGUAUUAUUUCAGUGAUGUAAACUUGGCUACCACUGAACACCUGAUGAGGUUCAUUAGUAAAGAUCCAGAGGGAUUUGUGCCAAUAUCCGUCAUUGCAGCAUUUAAGAAAAUCAAAGCCCUGGUUCACAACAACUCUCUGCUGGCUAUGGCUCUCCGGACAUCAUCAAAACUUGUCGUUAGUGAUGAUGGAAAGAAAGUUAGACGUCAACAGCCUUUUACUGAACUAGAUAUGGAAGAAUUGCAGUCACGCAUUGUUGUGGCUGAAAAUCUACCUGAGGAUCAUUGUUACCAAAACCUCAUGAAGGUUUUCUCUGCAGUCGGGAGUGUAAAUACAAUCCGGACAUGCUAUCCUCAGACCUCAAAUGGCACAACUGCUCAAACUAACAAACCAACGAAGCUUGAUAUGCUUUUUGGCAACAGGUUGCAUGCAUUUGUCGAGUACGAGACUGUUGAGGAUGCUGAGAAAGCAGUUUCUGAACUUAAUGAUGAGAGGAACUGGAGAAGUGGGCUCCGAGUUCGUUUGCUGCUUAAAUGCAUGACAAAACAUGGGCCAGGUCGAGGGAGAAAGGGGCAUGAAGGUGAUAUUGAUGGAGAGGAUGAUGUCUCCACAUCUAACAUGCCAAAUGAGAAGCAGGUGGAAGAUCCUUCUCAAAUAUCUGAGGCAUCACAUGAGCAUGUGGGUGAGGCUCUUCUCAAUGAAAAGGAUGGUGGUUUGAGACGAGGAAGAGGUCGGGGCUGGGGAGGGAGGGGUCGAGGACGUGGCCAGUACAACAGUAAUCGUAAUGGUAGUCAUAUGGUUGGCACACCACCCUCGAGCCAUCCUAUCCACACUGAACAACCUGUGAUGGCUAACAAGCAACCUCCUGGUCCUCGCAUGCCAGAUGGGACAAGAGGAUUCACCAUGGGUCGGGGAAAGCUGGUAACCCCUGCCAGUAUGGUUUAAGGACUACUCUAUAAAUAGUUCCUCCGUGAAAAAUAUGUUUGGUGUGUUGUUGAUAGAAAGGUGUUGUAGUGCUAUUGUAGCUCUGGCAUUGGUUUUGGUAAAUGCCUUGGACUUGCUGAUUAGACUUAAAGUCGGGCCCCUACAUUUCUACCUCUUGGGAGUUUUUUCCUUUUUUUUUUCUUGGGGUUUCUGAACUCAUGGUGCAGAUCCAGUGUUUGUAUUUUGUUUUGUUCUUUUACCUCCUUUAAUUGGUAGUUCUGGUAUAUACAUAUAUAUAAAAAGAUCAAGGUGAUUCAGGACCGUAAAUCUUAGCGCAAUAUCUGGUACAUAAUGUAUGCUGGAUUUGCCUUUGUCAUGGUUCUAUGCAAUAAAACUAUGUUGCGAGUCAGUCUCAAAGGACAUCCUUGUGUGUGUUUCUGGACCUACUAAAAAUUGAUAGUAUAUGGUGGAU